AUGCAGACCAAUACUACAGACUAUUACCCCCAGGGGAUAAAAGAGAAGGAGUGCGUAGAAGAUGACGUCGAAGAAGAAGAUCAUACGAAUUGCAAAGAAGCUGGAUAUUAUUUUGGUGACGCUGUAUUUGGGACAUUCAUAGUGGCGCCCCUAGUCGUAAUAGCAUGGAAAGGAACCUGGGGCAUAAUGGAACUACAACCAAAGAUGUUUCCUUACGUUCAAAUAUACAUUCUAGGAAUAGUUAUACACGUCACUUUUGCUGUAUCAAGGAGUCACCUUUUCUCUCGUUCCCGUAACGCCUGGGGUGAAGGCAGGGCUGGAAGGUGGUUACGAGAGCGGUUGAUAUGCAGAAUUUACACUUACGUAUUUCUAAUAUCUUGUAUCAUGCAUUGGAGAGGAGGUUGGGGACUAUUCGACGCUGCUGUUAAUGCAAUUACUCCAGAUGUUGAAGAUCCUCAUAGGUAA